UGCUUUAAUCUAGGGCGGCACUUAUUGAAGUUAAUAUGUUGGCUUGUCAAGCUGAAUUAGCUGGUUCAUUCACAAAGAAAGCUGUUCUUUAACUGUACUGAUCUUUACAGUGGUCAUGUAUUAAUGUGUUUCAGGUUCUAAGUAGUAAGUUGAUGCCAACACAUCACAGAGAUGGAGGAGCCAAUGCUAGGAUGUUUAAGGAGAACUUUUUAGCGAGUGGAGGACUAAGUGUUGUAGUGAAUAUCCUUCAAAAAGACAUGUUUCCUCAGGAUGUAGACACUGAGAUUCGCAGAGGCUGCUAUGCAAUUUGCUUACAACUAGCAAGGUUCUUGUUGUGUGGACAAUCCUCAGAAAAUUCCUUUACAGCCCCACCUUCGCCACCACACAGAGAACAUGCUACUAUUGCAGCAUCACCGGUUGCCAUGGCAACAGGUACCAUGGAAACCGACUUAAACGACUCCCUUAACAACUCGGCAAUUGAGGCGAAGAGAGCACGCUCUAGCAGUAUGAUUGACGAUGUACAUCCUUCUGUAAGGGUUGCUAUUGAGACAAUGGGCCGAGAUGACUUUGCAGAGACUAUUGCUUGUUUUAUGCGUGUAGCCUGGGCGGCAGCUGCUGGAAGAAUCAACCUGGCUGGAGGCAGACAGAGACUGUCUAGUCAAAGCUCCGAUGAUGAAGGAAGCAGUCAUGGGGGAGCAGGGAGUGACACAGAGUCUGUUAAGUCCUUUAGAUCGAGUGUCUCCAGUGGCAACCCCUCUGAAGUUACUAACAAGGUAUGGAAAUAGAUAACUGUUGUUCGCAGUGGCGGAUCGAGACCUUGAGCUAAGGAGGGGGGGGG